AUGGCAUCCAUCCCAUCGAGUGGCUCGCUCAUGGCAACACACAACUACUACAGAAGGCGCCUGAGCUCCACAUCCAGCAACAGCUCCUGUGGCAGCUCGGAGUACUCUGGGGAGGUCAUCCCCCACCCCCCGGGUCUGCCCAAGUCUGACCCCGGCCACUGGUGGGCCAGCUUCUUCUUCGGGAAGGCGACUCACCCGGCCAUGACAACCGUGUCGGAGUCCCCGGAGAGCCUGGGAGCACUGCGGGUGACGACAGGACCGAUGGCAUGUGGCUUGGCGCCAGCCCCAGGAGCGGGACGGAGGCGUCACGUCAGUGAGCCCAGCUCCGGGCCCUCCGCAUGA